ACCCUUGCAGGCACCAUGAUAGGCGAGAUCUGUGCUGCUGCAAAAUUCAUCUCAAAGUUCCUCGGCACCAAGGGCCUCAGGAGUGAACAACAGCUGCAGACCUUCAGCCAGAGCCUGCAGGAUCUGCUGGCAGAACAUUACAAACAUCACUGGUUUCCAGAGAAGCCCUGCAAAGGAUCUGGCUACAGGUGUAUUCGCAUCAAUCAUAAGAUGGAUCCUCUGAUUGGACGGGCAGCCCAGCAGAUUGGGCUAAGCAGUCAAGAGUUGUUCAAGCUUCUGCCAAGUGAACUCACACUCUGGGUUGACCCAUAUGAAGUGUCCUACCGGAUUGGAGAGGAUGGCUCUAUUUGUGUACUGUAUGAAGCCUUGCCAUCGGCAGACAGUUCUCAAAGUGGCACCAAUGAGCAAACGGUAGACAGCAGAAUCAGUUGCAAAGAGGAAACUCUCUUGGGCAGAGCAAGCCCUUCUCAAAACUACAAUAUGAUGACUGUGUCCGUUUAAGAUACAGUCUACAGAUGGAUCAUCUUAUAAUGGAGGGAUAAAUUUGAUUUUUGGUUUGGAUGGGGUCCUCUGGGGGAUGGAUUAUGGAAUUUAAACCAUGUCACAGCUGUGAAGAUCUGGCACAAGACAGAGUGGUAAUAUUUUUUU